AUCGAAAAUGACAUUGACAGUUAAUUUUCAUUAAGGAAAAUAUAUUUUUGUAAAUAAAUCAUAAUCUUCUUGUAACUAUUGUGAAAGUUUUGCAGUCACCGUUCAAGAAAACCAUAGAAACCGCACUCAAAACUUAUAUUAACUUCAAAACCAUGAGCACGACAAGGUUGUCAGUCUUGCAAACAUUCAAGAAACUUCACAGAACAAGGAUGAAGGUAUUUGCGGGGGAUGACAGAGCACUAACUGCUGGAAGAUUAAAAAUAAAUGAAGAGUUCCAGAAAAACAAACAUGUUACCAAUGAGGAUGCUAUAAAGGCUAUGGUCAAACUAGCUGAGGAUGUUGAAAAGGAACUUCGAACUCAAGUUAUACAAGCUCGAGAAGUGAAGCCUGGUGUCUUUGUGGCUAAAAUUACUGAAGACACUGCAAAGUUUGAAAAUAUCCCCUAUGAUGAUAACGCAGUAUUAGAAGAUGGAACAGUUGCUGGGAACAGGCCAUGUUGUCAAGAUAAAGCUAAAAAUAACUAAAGAUUCUAAUAGACGUCGGUAAUGAGGCACUAGACAAGAUAUUAUAAUCUUUGAAUCAUUAUUUGAAAAUAAGCUUAAAAAACUUUUUGUUAACUAGUUUUAGGUCUGCUAUCUUUUGUUUCUUCAUAAUUUAUAAGAGAAGCACUUUUUGGAUUUCUAUCUUUAUUUAUUUUAUAAAGUAAUUGGCAUAAAAUCUGUAAUGCUAUAAUUUAAUUAUCUAGAUAAGCUUUAGAAAACAUGUGUGUCAUUGUAAUUUAUUAAGUUUUAAAACAGUAGUCAAUAGGUACUGAAUACAUGGUUUCACAUAA